AUGAUGAAUAUUAAGGAAGUGAAGGACUUUGUAAAGAUGGUGCCUUCCGCCGUUGAAGAGAUAUGGCUUGAAGGACCACGAGGUGCAUGGGCUGGUACUAGAGCUGCGCAGUGGCGUAACGUACGAGUGCGCAUGGGCAUAGCACAAAUACAACAUUCGCUCGAUGAACUAGCACCACCAGGCAGAUGGAGUAUUCACGCUAGGCUGGGAGAUGGGACGCAGGGUUCGACAGCGUUCCUUGUCGGCAAUUACGAGCUUCCGCCGUUCCAGCUGAGUGUUCGUCACGCACAAAAAGUGUUGAGAACCAGCGAUCGCUUGGUUUGGACUGUCUGUGUUAGAUAUCCUUGGACUGAAGCUGUGGAGGGAAUGCUGGUGAUAAGGAUACGGGGAGCUGGCGGCACAUCAAUUGGCCACGAACCCACUGGUAUCCGGACUGUGGUCAGGAUAAAAGCACCUCGAGCAUGCCACAGACACGCUGCAGCGUCUAGGCGAAUAGGAUUAAAUGGAACAAGUCCUCCUGAUGUUGUAGUUGCUGAUUUUUCAUUCCAGGUGAAAGCGACUCGUUGGGACGACAAGCCGGCGAGUGGGGUGGUGGUGAGCGUGUGUCGCGGCACCAUGUGUCCCACCGCUGAGACCGACGCACGCGCAGGCUCUGUGCAUGCAGCCUUAGGACCUAUAAAGUCUGACACAGAAUCAGGAAAGACAGUCGUACCACUGUACAUCGACUUGAAUAACGUCACCAAGCCGUUGACUGUACACUUUGUGGUUAUAACUCGAGGAGGGAUUAUCUACAGAUGGGGUGCAACAACACAAUGCCCAACUACCAGUUCUUCCGAAUAUAUACCAACGACGUCCAGGGACAGUGAAUGUCAUCACGCAAAUAUAGCAACUCUCGACAGGAACUUGGCCAACUUCGACAGAAACAUGGCCAACUUCGAUACUAACUUGGCCAAUGCCGACAGAAAAUUCGACAACUUCAAUAAAAUCUUGACCAAUACCAGUAAAUUUGAAUCAGAUUCGUUAUUAGACAGACAUUUACUUAGAGUGAUGUUACCUAUCAAAGUGACACAUCAAAUGUGUCCAGAUAGUCAUUUAAUAGCUUAUUUCUAUUAUAAUGGGGAGCUGAUUAGUGCUAACAAGCAUUUCGACUUGGACGAGUGCUUUAUAAACAAAGUGGAACUAACUUGGCCAUCGAGACAGGUGGCUCCAGGAUCCGUUGCAAGUCUUCAAAUUUCCACCACAGGGCCAGCUCUGUGCGCCUUAACAGUUUUAGACUCUGCUGCUAAAUGGAACCAGCCAUCGACAUCAGUGAAAGAUUCUCUCAUGUCAGGGUUAAGAAGACUGAUAGAGAGUCAUAGGAAUUUGACGGAAUAUGACGCAGCUGGAACGUGUUUCCUAACAUCGGAUAUGUCGGAGUUACCAACGAGUAGCGUAGAGUUGACUUCAUCAUGGUUAGCAGCCGCUGGAGUGAGAGUAAUAGGUGGAGAAAUGACUCGUCUCACGAAGAACAAGUGCGCGGCUGGACCAGCGCCUCUCAUCGACGAUGCAACUGUACCCAGGAGCGACUUUUCAGAAGCAUGGCUAUGGCGCUUGGCAGCAGUAGGCACAAACGGUACCACUACUGUAGCGGGCAGAGCUCCAGAUAGCAUCAGCAGGUUCGAAGCUGCAGCUACUUGCAUCUCUAGAACGGGACUUGCUUAUUCCACGCCAGCUGUACUGCAGGUGUUUCGCGAGUUCUUCAUUCAUGCCGACAGUCCACAAAGAUUAAAGAAUGGAGACUCUACAAUCAUCCGAUAUCGUCUUUUUAAUUACCUCUAUGAAUCUUUAAGCGUACAAAUCCAAAUUCUACCAGAUUCGAACCUAGAAGGUCCUGUAGAACGCGUAGAAGCCGUAUGCGUAGGCGCACGAUCUUCCAUCGCGAGACGCGUCGAGAUAACAGCUAAAUCUGCCGGCGACGCUCGUCUCAGUAUACGAGCCAAAUCAGUCCAAGACGGCAACUGUGCUAACAGCACAAUCGGGAGAGCUGGCGUUAGGUAACAAUCCAGUCUCUAAUUUUUUAAAUAUUAAAACAUCCAUUUUUCUGAUGUUACAUUAUAUUAGCAAUCGUCUACAUAUAAGAUCAACUAACACAUUGUUGGAACUUGGAAAUACAAAAAGGGCAUCAUCCAAAACGUGCCAAAUUCUAUAAUUCUUUGUCCAACAUGGAUUAAAUUGUAAAGUAAUGAAUGCGAAAUUAAUCAAAAUAUAAUUAUUAGAAAAAAAUUCUCAUCUUUAUCGAAAGUUUCAAUAUUUGUAUAUUUCUUUCGGCUGUUUGGAUCCACCCAAACAUUGAUGAGAAUAGGCACUGUAGUAGCGAAAAGUGACAAGUGCUUGAAAGAUUCGUCAGUCCUGUUAGGUCCUGGGUAGCUCAGCAGUUAGAGCAGUCGCCCGGAUUGCGAAAGGGCGUGGGUUCGAUUCCCGUCUCAGGGUGCCAGGGACCAAGUGGAUUUUUUAAGCAUUUUCUAUUAAGAAUAUGUUUUAGUAUAGCAUUGUGAAUGCGAAAUUAAUCAAAAUAUAAUAAUGAAGUAAAUUUUCAGAACUGUCAAAUAUAUGGUAGCUUUGGUAUUCAUUAUAUUUUUCAGUGACGAGGUGAUCAUCCAUAUGACCAUUGAGCCUGAAGGGAUACUCCAGCAAGAACACAAGUCUAUACUACUUUGUGGUAGAGGUGAGUCAUCAAUGUAAGCAAUUAUAGAGAAUAUGCAAUUAUAAAAAGCAAUUUAAAAAAAAUUUGCAUUGCAUAUAAAUCAGAUAGCCCUGAAGCUAGUACCUCGGAAGUAACAUGGUCCUGGAAUCCAGUCGAGGCUGUCUCUGGCACUGAGGCACUUGUAGUUUGGGCCUCUGGUGAUCUCACUGGACCAUUACUUGCAGUAAGUUGAUCUCUGUUUUAACCACUUUAUAACUCUGUACCUUUAGUACGAAAAUUGACGAUUCGAGCUCAUAUGUAAAAUUUUUAUAUCAAUUUUAAACUUAAACUGAACUAAGAUUUCUCAUAUUUGAUAUUUGUAAUCGAUAGUUUAGGGCGCCGGGAACGUUUUUGUUUUUUUUUUUUUUAGCAUGUGGUGGUUUUCAAACCAAUAAAACGACAUAAAGUUCAAUAACGGUUUGUACUGUCUGGCGAUCACAGAAAACAUAAAAUACA